AUGAAUGCGGAACAGUUUAAUUUGUUGUUGCAAGCUGUGCAAAAAUCAAAUAACGCUUUGCUUGAGGAGCUUCGUUUGUCGCGAACACAACAACAAAUUGAUGCGCCUUCUUUAACUACAGAGGCAGUUUCGUCAACAUUCAGGAAGCUAUCUGACUCAAUGCUGGAGUUUUGCUAUGAUCCUGAAAAUAAUGUCACAUUUGAAUCAUGGUACAAGCGUUAUAAAUCAGUUUUCGCUAUAGAAGCAGCACAUCUCACUGAGCCGACUAAGGUUCGAUUGCUCACUAGCAAAUUAAAAAAUUUGGAUUUCGAGCAAUAUGCAAACUCAAUCUUACCAAAGGAACCCCAUGAGCUUACACUCAUGCAAACGGUUGCCAAACUCUCGUCUAUUUUCGGAUAUCGCCAAUCAAAAUUUUCUCAGCGCCAAAAAUGUCUUACAAUUUCAAAACAGGAUUAUGAAGACUUUGCUCAAUAUGCAGCUCACGUCAGCAAACAUUGUGAAAAAUUUGACAUCGUUAAUUGCACUCCCGAUGAGUUUAAAGCACAAAUCUUUGUCAAUCGCUUGAAGAGUUCACACGAUUCGUUUACACGACUCGAGAAACUCCUUGCAAGACUCUACAAUGAAUCAACACAGUUUGGUGCACUUCAGACACAGGCGCAAAAGGAUGCCUUCAUCCGCUUAACACUUCAAGACCUCACUAAUGAAGCUGAGCGUAUAAUCUGUCUGAAGCAAGACAAAUACACUGUCGUCCAUCCAUCUUCAAGUUCAGAAGUUUUUGCAAUUCACCAUCGAUAUCAACGCAAAAAUGAAUCAUUACUAUCAAAUUCUUCAACAAAAGACGAAUCUUCGAAACCACCAACGCCAUGUUGGUGUUGUGAAGGUCUUCAUUUUGUUAAAGAUUGCCCAUUUAAAGGCAAAGAAUGUUCAGCAUGUAACAUUAUUGGCCACAAAAAUGGUUACUGCAAUAUGAAGCCAAGCAAGUUGCGACGCAGAAAAUCUCUGUCUGACACAUAA